AUGAAUAUCCCUGUUCAUUACGAAUCCUCAAAAUAAAUAAUAAGAAAAACCAAUUAGUCUUUAAAACCAAUCAGGGAUCUGAUUCGAUGAUGAUCCAACGAAAUUUGAGGUUAUUUUUAAUGGUAAAUUGUAUUCGUGCUUCAUUUUGCUGCAAAAAUGGAAUACUUUUGACUUUGAAUCGUUCCAAAAUACUAGGAGAAAGAAAAUACCAGUUCAAACACUCUACUAAACUGCAUCAAAUUUCGGAUCCUCCAUUUCUUUAAAAGAAAUUUCUCAGUUUCUUUUCUAUUCCAUUUUGAUCUUAUUUAUUUCCCACCAAUUUUUCUCACAAACUUACGCGUUGCUGUUGCAAGCAGUACUGGAGAUUCCCCUCUCUUUUUUAUCUUUAAUCGGUUUCCACAGUUAUUUUCCUUCGAAUAUUUGAAUGAAGCUGAGGUAGCUGUUUUAGGAACAAAGGCGAUUUGAAACAUUUUUGAAAGAAAGGAUUGAUGGAUAGUUAUUUGAACCAGAACUUCGAUUUGAAAUCGAAGCAUUCGUCGGAUGAAGCAUUGGAAAAAUGGAGGACAGUUGUUGGUUUCGUGAAGAAUCCGAAACGGCGGUUUCGAUUCACUGCCAACCUCUCCAAACGUUAUGAGGCUGCUGCUAUGCGUCGCACUAAUCAGGAAAAAUUGAGAAUUGCUGUACUGGUUUCGAAAGCUGCCUUUCAGUUUAUAUCAGGUGUACAACCUAGUGAUUAUGUUGUUCCUGAGCAAGUCACAGCUGCUGGUUUUCAACUUUGUGCUGAUGAGUUAGGAUCCAUUGUGGAAGGCCAUGAUGUGAAGAAACUAAAGUUUCAUGGUGGAGUAAGUGGCAUUGCUGAAAAACUCUCCACAUCCACCAACACUGGCCUAAGUUCUGAUGCUGCUUUGUUGAGUAAAAGACAAGAGAUUUAUGGAAUCAAUAAAUUUGCUGAGCCUGAAGCUAAGGGAUUCUGGGUCUUUGUUUGGGAAGCUCUUCAGGAUAUGACUCUUAUGAUCCUCGGGGCGUGUGCUAUAGUGUCGUUGGUCGUUGGGAUAGCAAUGGAAGGUUGGCCAGCCGGAGCUCAUGAUGGACUUGGGAUUGUUGCAAGUAUCUUAUUAGUCGUGUUCGUCACGGCAACCAGCGAUUAUCGCCAAUCUUUGCAGUUUAAGGAUUUGGACAAGGAGAAAAAGAAAAUCACCAUUCAGGUAACAAGAAAUGAUUGUAGGCAGAAAUUAUCUAUAUAUGAUUUGCUUCCUGGUGAUAUUGUACACCUUAAUAUUGGUGACCAAGUCCCUGCUGAUGGCCUUUUUGUGUCGGGAUUUUCCGUGCUAAUCGAUGAAUCAAGUUUAACAGGGGAGAGUGAGCCAGUAGUGGUGAAUGAUAAAAACCCUUUUAUGCUUUCUGGUACUAAGCUUCAAGAUGGAUCAUGCAAGAUGUUGGUUACCACUGUUGGGAUGAGAACUCAAUGGGGCAAAUUGAUGGCAACCCUCAGUGAAGGGGGAGAUGAUGAGACCCCACUGCAGGUGAAAUUGAAUGGAGUAGCAACUAUCAUUGGGAAGGUAGGCCUAUUUUUUGCUGUAGUGACUUUUGCCGUAAUGGUGCAAGGACUGUUAAGGAGUAAACUGCAAGAAGGGACUAUCUGGAGUUGGUCUGGCGAUGAGGCACUGAAAUUGCUGGAGUUCUUUGCUGUUGCAGUGACAAUUGUUGUUGUUGCAGUCCCUGAGGGUCUACCAUUGGCAGUGACUCUGAGUCUUGCUUUUGCCAUGAAGAAGAUGAUGAAUGAUAAAGCACUAGUUCGACACCUUGCAGCUUGCGAGACUAUGGGGUCAGCAACCGGUAUUUGUAGUGAUAAAACCGGGACACUAACUACUAAUCGCAUGACGGUUGUGAAAUCAUGCAUUUGCAUGAACGUCAAGGAAAUAAAUAGCACCAAUAAAGCUUCUUUCUGCUCUGAGAUUCAUGAAUCUGCUAUAAAACUUCUGCUACAAUCAAUUUUUAUGAACACUGGAGGUGAAAUUGUUACUAGCAAAGAUGGAAGACGUGAGAUAUUGGGAACUCCCACAGAGACUGCUUUGUUAGAGUUUGGCUUGUCUCUAGGUGGUGAUCCCCAAACAGAACGACAACAAUCAAAAACUGUUAAGGUUGAGCCAUUCAACUCUACAAAGAAAAGAAUGGGUGUAGUGCUGGAGCUUCCUGGAGGAGGGUUACGAGCGCAUACGAAAGGUGCUUCGGAGAUAGUUUUGGCUGGAUGUGACAAGGUGAUCGAUUCUAAUGGAGAAGUUGUUCCGUUAGAUGAAAAAUCCAUUAACCACCUCAAUGCUACAAUAAAUGAGUUUGCUAAUGAGGCUCUUCGGACCCUGUGCCUUGCUUAUUUGGAGCUCAAAAAUGGUUUCUCCUCAGACAAUGCUAUUCCGGUUUCGGGGUAUACUUGUUUAGGAAUUGUGGGCAUUAAAGAUCCUGUUCGCCCUGGUGUCAAAGAAUCUGUGGCUAUUUGUCGAACUGCUGGGAUUACCGUAAGAAUGGUUACAGGAGAUAAUAUAAACACCGCAAAGGCUAUAGCCAGGGAAUGUGGGAUUCUUACAGAUGAUGGUAUAGCCAUUGAAGGUCCAGAUUUCAGAGAGAAGUCGCAGGAAGAACUGCUCAAGUUAAUUCCUAAGAUUCAGGUGAUAGCUCGAUCUUCUCCUAUGGACAAGCAUACUCUGGUAAAGCAAUUGCGAACUACAUUUGAUGAAGUUGUUGCUGUGACUGGUGAUGGAACGAAUGAUGCUCCAGCUCUGCAUGAAGCAGAUAUCGGAUUAGCAAUGGGAAUUGCUGGAACUGAGGUGGCAAAGGAGAGUGCUGAUGUCAUCAUUCUGGAUGACAAUUUCUCAACAAUUCUGACAGUGGCCAAAUGGGGCCGUUCAGUGUACAUAAAUAUUCAGAAAUUUGUACAGUUUCAACUGACUGUCAACAUUGUUGCCUUAAUUGUUAACUUCUCCUCAGCAUGUUUGACAGGGAGUGCUCCUCUGACAGCUGUUCAGCUAUUGUGGGUGAAUAUGAUCAUGGAUACAUUAGGAGCACUUGCACUUGCAACGGAGCCGCCAACCGAUGAACUAAUGAAACGUGCACCAGUGGGAAGGAAAGGAAAUUUUAUCAGUAACGUCAUGUGGAGGAACAUCUUUGGGCAAUCUUUCUAUCAGUUGAUGGUCAUAUGGUAUCUUCAAGCAAGAGGAAAAGCAAUGUUUGAACUCGAUGGCCCCGAUUCAACUCUGAAAUUGAACACCCUUAUUUUCAAUUCGUUUGUCUUCUGUCAGGUAUUCAAUGAGAUAAGCUCACGAAACAUGGAGGAAAUAGAUGUUUUGAGCGGGAUAUUAAAUAACUCUGUGUUCGUGGCUGUCCUUGGAUGCACAGCAGUAUUCCAAAUCAUCAUCAUCGAAUUUUUGGGUACAUUUGCGAGCACAACGCCGUUGACAUAUUCACAGUGGGGCCUAAGCGUGGUGAUCGGGUUCUUCAGCAUGCCGAUCGCUGCUGCUUUGAAGCUGGUCCCAGUAUGAAGCCUAUAUGCCUGGAUUUUGUGAAGAACUUCAAGGAAGCCUUAAUGUCACUCCUCGUGAUGUAAGAAUCUCCAGGUGACUAUAAACCUUUUUUUCUUUGUUGACAAUUGACUGAUUUUCUUGCAAUUAAGAAGGUAAAUAGGGAGUUUUGGGAUCAACGUUUAGGUAUUCAUCCAUUUCUUUUGAAACAUUUUCUGGAUUUUUUUGGGGGGGCUUAUUGUCCAAGAAGUAGGUUGGUUCUUAUAUUUUGUAUUCGUUGUUCUUGAUUUAUUUAUAUGUAUGAACAUAAAUUUAUUCAUAUAAUUAUUGGUUUUAAUUUAUUCA